AUGCAGGCCCCUGUCUUGGUGAUGAACACCCAGAGCGGUGAGAGGCAGACUGGGCGGAAAGCCCAGCUGUCUAACAUCGCCGCCGCCAAAACUGUCGCAGACAUUAUCCGGUCAUGCCUCGGCCCCAAGGCCAUGCUCAAGAUGCUACUCGACCCUAUGGGCGGUAUCGUGCUCACCAACGACGGCCACGCCAUCCUCCGCGAGAUCGAGGUGUCACACCCCGCAGCCAAGAGCAUGAUCGAGCUGAGCCGGACGCAGGACGAGGAGGUGGGCGAUGGAACCACGACUGUUAUUAUUCUGGCCGGCGAGAUCCUGGCGCAGGCGCUUCCCCAGCUGGAGCGCAAUAUCCAUCCGGUGGUCAUCAUCUCGGCAUUCAAGCGGGCGCUCAAGGACGCACUCCAGAUCAUUGACGACAUCUCCCUCCCUAUUGACGUCAACGAUGACAAGGCCAUGUACCAGCUCAUCUCGUCCUCGAUUGGCACAAAGUUCGUCUCGCGGUGGUCGGAGCUCAUGUGCAGCUUGGCCCUCAACGCGGUGCGCACCGUGACCUGGGAAGUGGGUAACGGCAAGCGCGAGGUCGACAUCAAACGGUACGCGCGAGUCGAAAAGGUGCCGGGCGGCGAGAUCGAGGACAGCCGGGUGCUGGACGGUGUCAUGCUUAACAAGGACAUCACCCACCCCAAGAUGCGCCGCCGGAUCGAGAACCCGCGCAUUGUGUUGCUCGACUGCCCGCUCGAAUACAAGAAGGGCGAAUCGCAAACGAAUAUCGAGAUCACCAAAGAGGAGGACUGGAACCGCAUUCUUCAGAUCGAGGAGGAGCAGGUGAAGGCGAUGUGCGAGCACAUCCUUUCGGUCAACCCAGAUUUGGUUAUCACAGAAAAGGGUGUCUCAGACCUCGCGCAACACUACCUAAUGAAGGCCAACGUGACAGCACUCCGGCGCGUGCGCAAGACGGACAACAACCGGAUAGCCCGGGCCACGGGCGCCACCAUUGUCAAUAGGGUAGAGGACCUGCAAGAAUCGGACGUGGGCACGCAGUGCGGGCUGUUCGAGAUCGAGAAGAUUGGCGACGAGUACUUCACCUUCCUCACAAAGUGCAAGUCGCCCAAGGCGUGCACGAUACUGCUCCGCGGCCCGUCCAAGGACGUGCUGAACGAGAUCGAGCGCAACCUGCAGGACGCCAUGGGGGUCGCGCGCAACGUCAUGUUCCACCCCCGCUUGUCCCCCGGCGGCGGCGCCACCGAAAUGGCCGUGUCGGUGCGGCUGUCGCAGAUGGCCAAGAGCAUCGAAGGCGUGCAGCAGUGGCCGUACAAGGCGGUCGCCGAGGCGCUCGAGGUCAUCCCGAGGACGCUGAUCCAGAACGCGGGCAAGAGCCCCGUCCGGGUGCUGACGGAUCUCCGGGCGAAGCACGCCGAGGGCAAGAGCUCAUGGGGUGUGAACGGUGAUACCGGUGCGCUGGUGGACAUGAAGGAGUACGGGGUGUGGGAACCCGAGGCGAUCAAGGUGCAGAGCAUGAAGACGGCUAUUGAGGCCGCCUGCCUCUUGUUGAGGGUAGAUGACAUCUGCAGCGCCAGAAAGGCGCAACCGGGUGUUGGCACCGGUGCUGGAGGGAUGGAUGAGUAA